AUGGGCUUCACCGACCUCCUUUCCGAAACUGGAGCUCACGUGCUCAACAGCUGGUUGAGCACCCGCUCUUACAUUGUUGGCCAAUCUGCCUCUCAGGCUGAUGUCGCUGCCUUCAAGGCUCUCUCUGCCGCUCCCGACGGCCAGAGCUACCCCCACGCCGCCCGAUGGUACAAGCACAUCGCCAGCUACGAGAGCCAGUUUGCCACCCUUCCCGGUGAUGCUUCUGCUCCCUACAGCACCUACGGUCCUGGCACCGCUGAGGUGACCAUCAACCCCGCUAAGGCCCCUGAGAAGGAUGAGCCUGCUGCUGCUGCUGCUGAGGACGACGACGAUGUCGACCUGUUCGGCAGCGACGACGAGGAGGAGGAUGCUGAGGCCGUCCGCGUCCGUGAGGAGCGUCUUGCUGAGUACCGCAAGAAGAAGGAGGCCAAGCCCAAGACCAUCGCCAAGUCCGUCGUCACCCUCGACGUCAAGCCUUGGGAUGACGAGACUGACAUGGCUGCUCUCGAGGCUGCCGUUCGUUCUAUUGAGAAGGACGGCCUGACCUGGGGUGCUUCCAAGCUCGUCCCCGUUGGUUUCGGUGUCAAGAAGCUCCAGAUCAACCUUGUUGUCGAGGACGAGAAGAUCUCCGUCGCCGACCUUGAGGAGGAGAUCCAGGAGUUCGAGGACUACGUCCAGUCCACUGACGUUGCUGCCAUGCAGAAGCUGUAA